AUGUGGUGGAUAAACAUUCAAGCCAACGCACCCGGGCUACCGGGCGUGCUUCUAGAGGAGAACAGUUUGACAUAUAGCACAACUACCAAAGUACCACAAUUGCUUAUGGUCGUCGGCAACUUUCAGAAGCAGAUCUACCUAAGGCGAACAUUUUCCAAGACGUUACGUUACAGGCCUGAAGGUCACAUUGAUUUCAUUCACUGCAGCGAAUCGAUGGCUCUUGUGGACUGCACCUUAAUUAAUGCCCUCCCCAAGGCCCAGGGAGGUCCUGUUGCAGCCCAUGUCGCCCGCUAUUGCCUUGAGUCCAUUCGGGAGGCGCCGCCCACCGCUGUGCAGACGGUCUACUCGAGGCUUUUGUAUCCCUUUGUCUCAACCCUCUUAUUCUUUGCGGAUGACUUCGGCGGCCCAGAAGCAGCUGCCGACGUUCUGGCGAUCUGGGUAUCUACCUCACAGCAGGCGACACUGCCGCCCUGCCUUGUCGUUGCCACCAAUUCGACGGUCGCUGAAAAGACAUUUAUUGCCAUGGUCAAAAGCCGAAUGAUGCAGUGUACCGGGUUGCAGGCCCCUUCCAAGCCAGCCGAGGCCGAGAGAAUGCUGAAGCUGCAUUUCGCGGAAAUAAAACUUACCCGCCCGUCCGACUAUGUCUACCGCCCGAGGACAACCCAGCAGCACAGGCUUACCGGCCUGCAACUAGGUCAGCUCUUCAGACUUGCUAUCAAUCAGCUGCUUCUCAAGGAGCCGUUUGAUCUCUUGGUUGCGUGGCGAAGCUUGUAUCCGUCACCAACGCAGGCAGGGCAACACCUGACCCAGGUGUGCGCAGCUGCCAUGGGUAGAGGCAUCAACCCAUUGGGAAUAUUGUCAUCAUCACUUGCUACGGACCCUUUGAUACAUCAUCUACCGGCAGAAACUGUGUUCGGGAGCUAUGAGAAACAACUUGAUGAUGUCCAACUCAUGUGCCGGAAGGUCAGCGCACCCGGCCAGCUUAAGCAGGAAUUCCAUGAACGAGCUGCAGAGGCUGCAGCUUUGGACCGCCCGUGUGAAGCGAUCAAUCUGAUUGUACAGUCACACUUGAACGACAGCAUACCCCGAGCACUCUGCGCUUCCUGCUUUAUUCGGACCUCCACACAUGCGCUUGGGUGCGAACAUCAACUUUGCGAUUCGUGUCUUGUCCACAGCGGCAUACGGCAACCAGCAUGGAGAUUUUCUCUCGAAAAGUGCCCCAUUUGCCGCAAACCGUCGGGUGGUGGCUUACGAGUGAAGCCAUCCACAGCAGCGGCCCGGGUUCUGAUGCUUCCCAGCACCUCGGCGGAGACAACAUGGAAUUUUCUCGAAAACCUACGCGGUAGACUGUUUGGGCCUCUACAGGACUACUUCGAUCUCGUGAUAUCCUGUUCGAAAGUGUCUCCCGCUCAGUCAGCCGAAGUCGGGCUUCCGAGAGACAGUUCACUACUAGCCGAGACAUCGAGACCUGAAAGUCGGGGCAGUCAAAUUCGUCGCAAACUAGGUCUCAAAGGCGGUCUGCGCUUACGGGCUGCAUCAAGCCCGCAAUGCUACGUCGCGUAUAUGAGCGACUCCGACGUUGGCGACUGGAAGUUCAUGGGGCAAGACGACCUGGAACUGGUCGCAGAGAAAGAGUGCAAGAGAACAUGGCCGGUGACAGAAGUAUAUACGCUGGUUCAGGGAGCCUCGGACAUAGGCUGCAUUGGCUCCUUACUGUCAUCGUGCUUCUAUGCCGAGCCUUGUUCGUCCUCACACCCGGAUACAUUCGGCAUUCUUCUGCGGUGUCGUCUCUCCCCGGGCCCUCAUUUGCUCAAUCUUAUGUUAAGACUUCGGGAUUGGAAAACCCCUGUGCUCUAUAGAGUCGGGUCAAGAUCAUGGUGUCGGACGAGGCUCUGCAGUGAAGACACGUGGGAGAUGCUGAAGAGCGGUCAAGAGUAUGAGCUGCUACUAUGCCUGGAUGUGCCUGCCUUCGGACCGCCUGUGCACAUCCGGAUCGACACCACGCCGGCGGGAGGAGGCUGUACUGAUAUCAGCAGCUCCCCAUUUUCUGUCAGCGAUCUACUCCAAGCUCACGACUUUUCUAAUGCUACAUCAGGGCUUAGCAUCCAGGAGAGCCGGCUUUCUUCAAAUUCAACUCGUCACACAGACCUUUCUGAGAACAGAAAUGGGCAAAAAGAACUAUGGGAUGAGAUGGAAAAACUUGGGAUGUUGUUACAAGAUAUCAUAGCUUAUUAG